AUGGCAUCUGAGGACGAAUAUGAAUACAGCGAUGAAGGUAGCGACUACCCAGUGUCCGACGAUGAGGAGAUGGACUGGUCGAACUCUGGAGAAAACCCCAAUGCUGCGCCCAUGGUGUUGGCGUCCAGUGCAGGGGCCAAGUCAGGAAUCCGCAUGAUGCCAGCGGAAGACCUAAUGCCGGAGAUGAAGCGUCGUUUGAAAGAUGUCACGGAAGUUUUGGACAUUCCCACUGCUGCUGCCGCGGCUCUUCUUCGCGAACACAAAUGGUCCAAGGAAGGCUUGCUGGAAGUCUACUACAACGAUCCCGAAAAGCUGUUGAAGAAGUGUGGAGUCUACUUUCGCUGCAACCCUCGGCCUGUGAGACCCACCAAAGGAGUACGCACCUGCGAAAUUUGCCUCGAUGAUCAUCAGGGGUCCAAUAUGCGAGCCAUGCCGUGUUCUCAUGAGUUUUGCUGUCAAUGCUGGAACGAUUUCUGUGCCAACGCUGUCAAAGAAGAGGGUCCUAGUUGUGUGCGCGCCACUUGUCCACAGGCCGGAUGUUCCGAAGUAGUCACCGAAGAAGAAAUGCGAGCCUCGCUGGAAAAGGAUUCACCACAACUCUACACUCGCUUUUGCAGCUUCCAGCUUCGUUCCUUUGUGGAAUCGAGCAACUUUACACGCUGGUGUCCCGGUAAAGGCUGUGAACAAAUCGCUAGUGCCGUCAGCGCCUCGGCGAUGGAGCAGGACGACAAUGUCGCUCACUGCGAAGCCUGUCAGCUUUCCUUCUGUCUCGUGUGUGGAGAGGAACCCCAUGCGCCCUCGGGUUGUAAGGAAUUGGCCCGAUGGAACGAAAAAUGCAGAAACGAAUCCGAAACCGCCAAUUGGAUUUUAGCAAACACCAAAUCAUGCCCGAAAUGUGUCAGCCGAAUCGAAAAGAACCAGGGCUGCAACCACAUGACCUGCCAGAGAUGCAAGGGUGAGUUCUGCUGGAUUUGUAUGGGGGAUUGGAAUGACCACGGGGCCAACACGGGUGGCUAUUACAAAUGCAACAAAUACGACCCGAACAAUGGCGGACCGGAGGAUAUGUCGGAUGCGGCGAAAGCCAAGCGCGAACUGGAUCGAUAUUUGCACUACUACAAACGAUUCCACGCUCAUGCCGAAGCCCAGAAAUUCGCCAAGAAGCAGCUGAAGGAAACCGAGGCGCGCAUGGUCCUCCUGCAAGAGUCGUCAGAUGACGCUAGAUGGUCGGACGUGGAAUUUCUCAAAACGGCAAACGAACAGUUGGUGGAAUGUCGUCGGGUCUUGAAAUACACGUAUGUCUACGCAUACUACUUGACCGCCACGGACAAGCAGGCGAUGCGAAAGGAACGCUUCGAGCACCACCAGGAAAUGUUGGAACGCUUCACGGAAAAUCUCAGUGAAUUGUCGGAAAAGCCCUUGGCGGAAAUGGAUCGAACGGAUGUGGUCAAUCAGACUCGCGUGGUUGACCGUUUCAUGAAGAAUAUCCUCAAAUAUGUGGACUUGGAAGAAGGCAUGGACGAUGUAUGA